AUGAGUCGAUUACCAUAUGUUUUCGCCAUUGGCUCGAUCAUGUAUGCUAUGACUUGUACCCGCCCUGAUGUGGCCUUUGCUUUGAACAUGGUCGGCAGAUAUCAGGGGAACCCUGGCAAGGCUCAUUGGACUGCGGUAAAGAACAUUAUCAAGUACCUGCGAAGGACUAAUGAUUGGAUCCUUACUCUUGGUGGGAGUGAUGACUUGAGAGUAGUAGGGUAUAGUGACGCCAACUUUCAAACCGAUAGAGAUAAUUUCCGCUCUCAGUCAGGCUGGGUCUUUACCCUGAAUGGAGGGGAAAUUACUUGGAAAAGUUCCAAGCAGGAGACAGUAGCUGAUUCGACAUGUGAAUCAGAGUACAUAGCAGCAAGUGAAGCGGCGAAGGAGGCGAUAUGGCUGAGGAACUUCAUCGGAGACCUUGGAGUUGUACCAGCUAUAAAGGAGCCCAUGGAGAUUUUAUGUGAUAGCAAUAGUGCGGUUGCCUUAGCCAAGAAACCGAGAGAUCAUGGCAGAUCCAGACACAUUGAAAAAAAAUAUCACUUCAUAAGACACAAGAUAGAGGAAGGACUCCUCAAGGCACAUAGGGUAUCGUCAGAAGAGAACCCAACAGAUCCCCUCACGAAGGGACUGACUAGGGUUAAGCAUUUUCAACAUGCGAGGCGCAUCAACCUGAAGGACGAUAUUAGUUUUACUGAUUAUGUAGCUAUUUCUGAAACUUGUAAAAUGUAA